CAUUGAUCCGCGUCCGCUAGAUUGCCCUGUAUUUCCGCCCGCGCUUCCUGCGACGCUCGUCUCCACCCAUAUAUCCGAAAUAGACUACCUGAGACCCCGGCCCGGGCACAAAUAAUUCCACGGGUCAAGGAGCCGUGAUCAUGGAGGCAGAGCAUCAGAGUGGGCAUAGCUCCGACCGGGAGAAUGAUACCUUUGAAGAUGCUACCCCCGCCACCGACGUCGCCGACGCCUCGGAGAUGGCUGCUUCCAACUCCCAUACCAGAUCGUUGAUCGGUCGUCGCUCCUCUUCCGGGUCCAGGUCUACUUCGACCAAGCGCGACUCGGAUGCCCCAGCUGUCGUGUCCCCGGUUCCCGUGCCUGUCGAGGAGGAAGCUGUCGCUGAACCUUCCGAGCCGUUUGAUUUCCACAAUGCCGACAUCGACGACGACUUCCACGACGUAGAUGACGAGGAUUACUUGAAGGAUAGGGAGAGCGAGGUGCCACCUGGUCCCAAGUCCCCACUUCCAAAGUCCCACAGAAUCUCGACCCAGGAUAUGGCCGCCAUGGACGAUGUAAACCUCAAUGAAGAGGGCAAGAAGUCCCGGCAGAAUUCCUACUCGUCGACGGUUGCGUCGCUUUCGCCAAAACCGCAGAGGGACUCCAACGACUCUCUGCCCCAAGUCUUCGCCAACCCAGUACCUGAGGUGCAACAGCCUCCGCCGCCUCCGCCGCCAAAGGAGCCUCCCGCGCCGACUCCACCGCCCAAGCGAUCACUCACAAGUCCGUUUGCAUGGCUGUCUCGUGGCUCGUCGGAAAAGAAGCAGAGUCCGUCGCCGAAAGCAGGCAGCCGACGUGGGACCAAUGCUUCGACGUUCACGUUGGGAAGCAAUCCCGAGCUUAAAAUUGGGGAUGGAGAAGAAAGUGUUGGGACGAGAAGUCACCGGUCGAGCCGUAACAGCUUGAAAGACAGGUUCAAGUUCUUGCGUAUGAGGGAGGAGGCAGGAAUCCCGAUUGAGGAGGGUGAAGAACAUCUGAACGGUGGCCUCAAGCCUGAAAAGCGCUCUGCAAGCUUUAGUGUCAUGAGCACUGAUGAGAGUGAAGGUGCCCCAGAUAUGGCUCGAGUAGCCUCGAGUCCUGGAACCAUGACCACACCUGCAAUCAACCCACAUCUCGCUCCCGGUACUGUCUCUGGUAUUGCCACUGCUCCUCCUGAAAACCCACCUCCCGUCGACUGGGACCUGUGGCAAUCAGUGGUGUACGAAGGGCCGGCAGCUGUGGCUCGCACCAGCGCCGAGGAACUGAAUGAGGCCAUACAGAGCGGUAUCCCGCAAGCCAUCCGCGGUGUUGUCUGGCAAGUUCUCGCCCAAAGCAAGAACGAGGACCUUGAGGUCGUCUACAGAGAGCUCGUCGCUAGAGGCACCGACAAGGAGAAGACGACUUCGAAUGCCCCACAGCUCAGCCGACAAGAAAACCCUAGUGGCACCCAAACCCCCAACGGCGCCCAAACCACCAACGGUCUCCAGCAUAAGGAUUCGGUAACUUCGUCAGCCUCAUCCAUUCAUUCGGGCUACUCCACCCCGGCCACAACAGCAACAGGUGGUGGCGUUGGUUCUCCUACCUCUAAUGGCAACGAUCCCCAGGCUGUCAACGGUGCAUCUGCAGCUCUUCUGGAAGCAAGAAAGAAGAAGGAAAAAGAAGAUGCCAUCGCUUUGUCGAAACUGGAAAAGCAGAUCAAGCGUGACAUGGGCGCGCGGACCAGCUAUUCCAAGUACUUGAUGGCUGCUGGUCUUCAAGAUGGUUUGUUUGGGCUGUGUAAAGCCUACGCUUUGUUUGAUGAGGCUGUUGGUUAUCCGCAGGGUGUAAACUUUGUCGCCAUGCCUUUGCUCUUUAACAUGCCUGAAGAGGAGGCUUUCUGUCUGCUCGUAAAAAUGAUGAACCAGUAUGGUUUGCGCGACAUGUUCAUUCAAGACAUGCCGGGUCUGCAUCUCCACCUAUACCAAUUUGAGCGUUUGCUUGAAGACUUCGAGCCAGCUCUUUAUUGUCACCUUCACCGGCGGGGUGUGACGCCACAGCUGUAUGCCACGCAGUGGUUCCUGACGCUUUUCGCCUACCGCUUCCCGCUGCAGCUUGUGCUUCGCAUCUAUGAUCUCAUCCUUUCUGAAGGCCUCGAAAGCGCCAUUUUGAAGUUCGGCAUCGUCCUUAUGCAGAAGAACUCAGAGACUUUGCUUGGUAUGCGGGAUAUGGGUCACCUGACAACCUUCCUGAAGGAACGCAUUUUCGACGUUUACAUCGACAAAUCGCCCUCGCAGUCCUCGCUCCUGGAGUCGGGCUUUUUCGGCUCUGCUGGUGGUGUUGACAAGGAGGUUUAUCGUGCCGACAUGAUGGUGCAGGACGCGUGCUCAAUCAAAAUCACUUCCGAAAUGCUGGCACAGUACACACUCGAGUGGAAGGAGCAGCAAAACGCGGAGAAGGCGCGCGAGUGCGAGCUGGAUAACCUGAAGCAGUCCGUGGCGUCGCUGUCACUCAAGGUUCGCACGUUGGAGGAGCGAGCGGAGAAGAGCGACACAGAGCACGUAGCCAUCGCCUCGGAGCUGGUGCGUACAAAGGUGGAGAACGAGACAUUGCAAGAUGAAAACGAAAGUUUCAAGACGCAGGCGCAGGAGCUGCGCAAGCUCCUGGAUACGCAGGCAGAGCAGAUAGAGGCGCGCAUGCACUCUGAGAUGGAGAUCGUUAUGAAGCGUAACAUGGAGGUGCAAGAGGAGAACCGCUCGCUGGAAGAGCAGCUGUCGGACAUGGAGCGGGUGCUGGUCGAGACGAAGAUGCAGUAUGCCCAGGUCAACUCGGACCACGAGAUGCUCAAGCAGAGAUGGAGUAGCGUGCAGACGCUGCUCAACAGCGGUUAAUACACCAGUCCCCGACCAACUGACAGAUAGACUCGGUUGUUGUUACUCAAUGGCUAACAACGCCUUACGACGACAUAUCACACCCUCAAGCACAGCAUCCCUACAUUACCAGCAUCAACCACAGCGGCAUAAGCGAGCGC